UCAUGGCUACCAUUUCCGUUGGACGUCACAGAUCGAUCACCAGCUUUAUACCUACCCCAGAUUAUAUAUAAUGAUAGCUUUUGAUGUCACUAAUCGGACCAUUGCUCCGUAAGCUAUCAAGAUUACAUCACCUGGACAAACCAUCCGCCAUUGAACCCAACUUUUACUUGAAAUCGCUUUCCCCCAUCACACAUCGCCAGUUGAACUAAUCCAUUAUCAUCAACCAAACACAGAACAGAAUGAGCUCCUACAUCAGUUUCGAAUCCCUCCGCAACAUCCCUCUCUCAUAUGCCUCCUGCUCAAUCGGCACAAAACAAUCCGACACUCUCCCCCGAAAACUAGAAGCUAUCGCCGCGGCCGGAUUCAUCGGAAUCGAGCUCUCCUUCCCGGAUAUCCUGGCCUACGGGUCUCAAAUUACAGGCAGAGAAUUGGGAUCUCACGAAUAUAAGCCGCUCGUCAAUGUGACGAAGGAGAUUAAGAAGUUGGUCGACUCGAAUGGGUUGCAGGUUAUGAUGUUGCAACCGUUUGGGAAUUUUGAGGGGUGGCCGGAUGGUUCGAGGGAGAGGGAGGAUGCGUUUCGGAGGGUGGUUGGGUGGAUGGAUAUCAUGGAGGCUGCGGGGACGGAUCUCCUUCAGGUCGGCUCAACCGACGCACCCCCCGGCAGAAUAAACACGGACCGCAAAGCCAUCGUCUCCGACCUGCGCGACCUGUGUGACCUCCUCGCCACGCGCAACAUGCGCCUUGCCUACGAAAACUGGUGCUGGAGCACCCAUGCCCCAACCUGGAAAGACGUCUGGGAAAUCGUAAAAGAAGUUGACCGCCCCAACGCCGGCCUCUGCCUGGAUACCUUCCAGACAUCAGGUGGUGAAUACGGCGAUCCAACAACAGAAAUGGGACUUAUUAACCAUAUGUCUCCGACUGCGCUGAACCAAGUAUUCCAUGCUAGUAUGGAUGAGUUGGCACGGACGGUGCCUGCGGACAAGAUUUAUCUGUUGCAGAUUAGCGAUGCGUAUAAGCCGCCGGAACCGCUUUCUGAGAAGACUGUUAAGGGGUUGAGGCCGAGGGGAAGGUGGAGUCAUGAUUUUAGACCGAUGCCGUAUGAUGGGGGGUAUUUGCCUAUUGAAGAGGUAGCGAAGGGGGUGCUAAAGACUGGGUUUAGGGGGUGGUUUUCGAUGGAGAUUUUUGAUGGCGGGCCGGAUGGCAAAGGGAGGGAGUAUGAGAUGAAUGGGUAUGCGGAGAAUGCGAUGGAGAGUAUGCAGCGGUUUUUGAGGAAGUGUUCUACAGAUCGGGAAUAGUGAGCGCACGAGUGUGGCGAACAGUAGAAAAGGAUAAUGCUAUUAGAUAUAUACAUAGUUAUGCAGUACAGGUAUCGUUAUUUCAUCAAAGGCAAACUAAGCAUUGCUGGGGUAUCCAACCGAGUACGUCGGCACAAACUCCUCCUUGACAGAUCUCAGCGACACAAACCGGCUCAGCAAGUUAGCACUGCCGGCCUUGUCGUUCGUACCACUGGCACGCGCACCGCCGAAGGGCUGCUGGCCGACAACGGCACCGGUGCUCUUGCAGUUGAUGUAGAAGUUACCGGCGGUGUUGCGGAGGGCGUCGCUGGC